UACUCUUGCAUUUGGCAAUUAAAGAUGAUGUUUCCAUGGAAACAGUUGAUCCUGCUUUCAUUCAUUGGCUGCUUGGGAGGUGAGCUUCUCUUACAAGGCCCUGUGUUUGUCAAAGAACCCAGCAAUAGUAUUUUCCCUGUUGGUUCAGAAGAUGAAAAAAUAACUUUAAAUUGUGAAGCAAGAGGCAACCCGUCACCUCAUUACAGAUGGCAACUGAAUGGAAGUGAUAUUGAUACGAGUAUGGAACAUCGUUAUAAGUUGAAUGGAGGAAAUCUUGUGGUUAUUAACCCCAACAGAAAUUGGGAUACAGGAACUUACCAGUGUUUUGCAACAAAUUCACUUGGAACAAUUGUCAGCAGAGAAGCCAAGCUUCAGUUUGCCUAUCUUGAAAAUUUUAAAACCAAAAUGAGGAGUACAGUGUCUGUGCGUGAAGGCCAGGGAGUUGUGCUGCUCUGCGGCCCCCCACCGCACUCUGGAGAACUGUCAUAUGCUUGGAUCUUCAAUGAAUACCCAUCGUUUGUUGAAGAAGAUAGUCGGAGAUUUGUCUCUCAGGAGACAGGACACCUCUACAUAUCUAAGGUGGAGCCGUCGGAUGUGGGAAAUUACACAUGUGUGGUGACAAGUAUGGUGACAAAUGCCCGAGUGCUGGGCUCUCCAACUCCUUUGGUGCUACGUUCUGAUGGUGUGAUGGGUGAAUAUGAACCUAAAAUAGAAGUUCAGUUUCCAGAAACUCUUCCAGCAGCUAAAGGUUCGACUGUGAAAUUGGAAUGUUUUGCCCUUGGAAAUCCCAUACCUCAGAUUAAUUGGAGAAGAAGUGAUGGACUGCCAUUUUCCAGCAAAAUUAAAUUAAGGAAGUUCAAUGGUGUGCUUGAAAUCCCCAACUUCCAACAGGAAGAUGCAGGUUCCUAUGAAUGCAUUGCUGAGAAUUCUCGAGGAAAAAAUGUUGCUAGAGGGCGUCUCACUUACUAUGCAAAGCCCCAUUGGGUUCAACUCAUAAAGGAUGUGGAGACAGCCGUGGAGGACAGUCUUUAUUGGGAAUGUAGGGCGAGUGGCAAGCCCAAGCCCUCCUACCGAUGGCUGAAAAAUGGAGCAGCCUUAGUGCUAGAGGAGAGAAUACAGAUAGAAAAUGGUGCCCUUACAAUAUCAAACCUAAGUGUGACUGAUUCUGGCAUGUUCCAAUGCAUAGCAGAAAACAAACAUGGCCUUGUCUAUUCCAGUGCUGAGCUCAAAGUUGUUGCUUCUGCUCCGGAUUUUUCAAAGAAUCCAAUGAAGAAGUUGGUUCAGGUGCAGGUGGGCAGCCUGGUCAGCUUGGAUUGUAAACCCAGAGCCUCCCCGAGGGCACGUUCUUCCUGGAAGAAGGGGGACGUGAGCGUGCAGGAGCAUGCAAGAAUUUCUCUAUUAAACGACGGAGGACUCAAAAUAGCCAAUGUGACUAAAGCUGAUGCUGGAACUUAUACCUGCAUGGCAGAAAACCAGUUUGGGAAAGCAAACGGCACAACACAUUUGGUUGUUACAGAACCAACGAGAAUAACUUUGGCACCAUCUAACAUGGAUGUUUCUGUUGGUGAAAGCGUCAUCUUGCCCUGCCAGGUACAACAUGACCCACUGUUAGACAUCAUCUUUACCUGGUAUUUCAACGGGACCCUUGCAGAUUUUAAGAAAGAUGGAUCUCACUUUGAGAAAGUUGGUGGGAGUUCAUCUGGUGAUUUAAUGAUCAGAAACAUUCAACUGAAACACAGUGGGAAAUACGUUUGUAUGGUGCAAACAGGGGUGGACAGUGUUUCAUCUGCUGCUGACCUCAUAGUAAGAGGUUCACCUGGACCACCAGAAAAUGUGAAAGUAGAUGAAAUUACAGAUACAACAGCCCAACUCUCUUGGAAAGAAGGUAAAGACAACCAUAGCCCAGUUAUAUCCUAUUCCAUCCAGGCUCGGACACCUUUCUCCGUGGGUUGGCAAACCGUCACAACAGUGCCUGAGGUCAUCGAUGGGAAAACACACACAGCCACUGUAGUUGAGUUAAACCCAUGGGUGGAAUAUGAAUUUCGGGUUGUAGCCAGUAAUAAAAUUGGAGGUGGAGAACCCAGUUUACCCUCAGAAAAAGUAAGAACUGAAGAGGCAGUUCCAGAAGUGCCCCCUUCUGAAGUCAAUGGAGGAGGCGGAAGCCGGUCUGAACUUGUGAUAACCUGGGAUCCAGUCCCCGAGGAACUACAGAAUGGUGAAGGUUUUGGGUAUGUUGUUGCUUUCCGCCCUCUUGGGGUUACCACCUGGAUCCAGACAGUGGUGACAUCCCCUGACACCCCAAGAUAUGUCUUUCGGAAUGAAAGCAUCGUGCCAUAUUCACCAUAUGAAGUUAAAGUGGGUGUUUAUAAUAACAAAGGUGAAGGACCAUUUAGCCCGGUGACAACAGUGUUCUCUGCAGAAGAAGAGCCUACAGUGGCCCCAUCUCAAGUCUCUGCAAAUAGCCUAUCUUCCUCAGAAAUUGAGGUUUCAUGGAAUACCAUUCCUUGGAAGUUGAGCAAUGGACAUUUACUGGGCUAUGAGGUGCGGUACUGGAAUGGUGGUGGAAAGGAGGAAUCAUCCAGUAAAGUGAAAGUGGCAGGAAAUGAGACAUCAGCCAGACUACGGGGCCUGAAGAGCAACCUGGCCUAUUACACAGCUGUCAGGGCUUACAACAGCGCCGGCGCCGGGCCCUUUAGUGCCACAGUUAAUGCAACCACCAAGAAAACGCCUCCCAGUCAGCCACCAGGAAAUGUUGUUUGGAAUGCCACAGACACUAAAGUGUUACUUAAUUGGGAGCAAGUUAAAGCCAUGGAGAAUGAGUCAGAAGUAACAGGAUAUAAAGUUUUCUAUAGGACUAGCAGUCAAAAUAACGUACAAGUACUGAACACAAAUAAAACUUCAGCUGAACUUUUGCUGCCCAUUAAAGAGGACUACAUUAUUGAAGUCAAGGCCACAACAGAUGGAGGGGAUGGGACCAGUAGUGAACAGAUCAGGAUUCCACGAAUAACCAGUAUGGAUGCAAGAGGAUCCACUUCAGCCAUCUCGAAUGUUCACCCUAUGUCAAGUUAUCUGCCUAUAGUACUGUUCUUUAUUGUAUAUGCCCUGUGGUGAUAUUAGCUCCUUUUUAUUAUUUAUUGGAAAGUUAUUUCAUUACCAAAAAUGUGCUUUCAUGAAAUGCAGUGAUUAUGCAUGUUUUUUUCAACUCUUAUUUUUAACUUUCUACUUCGUUAUAGGUAAAUAUGAAUAUAAUUAAAAAAACAGUAAAUCCUUUUAGGGGAAUCUGAAAUGCCUUAAUAUUAACUUGAUAAACCAAAGGAAUUUACAUAUUACAUACUUCAGACUUUUGAUAUAAAUGUUCUUUAGCUAUGAGUUUAAGCACUGCCUAUGGAUAAAGACUCACACACUCUCACAUGUACACACACAUGCAUGAGAACUUCUUUUUACAUUGAAAGACUCUUUCAUUUAAUUCAAAUGCUCUUUUCCCAUUAUAAUAGCAUUAUUUGGAAGACUUAACCAGUAUCAAUUUGAAAUGCUGAUUUAAGUCCCCAAGGAUGAAACAUACAUUUUAAAAAUUAUCUUGUUGGAGAGGAGUGGCAUGUGAUUCAAAAGAGCAUUGUUGGAAAAUGCUACUCUGGGGCUGAGAAGAAUGGUGUUUGGUUUGGUAUACUGCUAAAUGGUUGUAAGACUCUACAAAUCACUCUGCUGUCUGUACCUCUCAAUUAUUCCUCUAUAAAAUAUAGAGAUAAUAAUACCUAUCUGAUCAGCCUUUGCCCAUGAAUUAAUUUUUAAAAGAUAAAGAAGGAAGUAUGAAAGUGCUUUGUCACCCCAAAUGCA